GACUUAGACCGUUUUAUGUUUAGUCUCUCAUUUGUAAUAACCCACAACCUUACGCUGAUCAAGUUGUACAUAUUUUUCUUUAAGAAUAAAGAGAUCCAAGAUAUUGUUCACACUUUAGAAAUAGACAUGCAACAGUUCUAUCAAAAUAAUGAACGCAAUAAAAGAACUGUAAAGAUUACUCGAUUAUUAACAGGUGCGUUUUUGUUCUUUGGCUGGAUAACAAUUGGUAAUACAAAUGUUUAUGGCAUAAUACAGGAUAUCCGAUGGAAGCGUGAAGUGCUAAAUUAUAAUGAUUCCAUGCAAAAGCCACCGAGAACAUUACCGCAGCCUAUUUACAUUCCAUGGAGUUAUCAAUCUAAUCAAUCAUACAUUUCAACGUUUAUUUUAGAAACUGUAGGUUUACUCUGGACGGGUCAUAUUGUUAUGACAAUAGACACAUUCAUUGGCUCAGUCAUAUUACAUAUGAGUAAUCAAUUCGUUAUAUUACAAGAAGCAAUAACAACUGUUUAUGACCGCACUGUGAGGAAAGUUACCGAACGCAUACAGAGCGAUAAUAAUGAAGAUACAUCAUUGUUAUUAAUGUCUCACGGGGAUGAUAUAGAUUUGUUAGCGGCUAUUAGAUCAAAUAGUAGGCUAGAAGAUUUCGAAACUUCUUUGGAACUUGCUGUUUCAAAUUGCUUCCGUCAACACCAGUUAUUAAUUGCAUGUGUGGAAAAAUUUGCCGCAACAUAUUCCUAUGGCUUUAUGACACAACUAUUAUCAAGCAUGGCUGCUAUUUGCGUAGUAAUGGUACAAGUUUCGCAAGACGCAUCCAGUUUUAAAUCCAUCCGUUUGGUCACUUCUUUGGCUUUCUUUGCGGCGAUGAUAAUACAGCUGGCAAUACAAUGUUUCACUGCUAGCGAGUUAACAUAUCAAGCUGGUCGAGUGUCUGAAGCGAUAAUGCAGUGUAAAUGGGAACGCAUGCCGUCGCGCCUCCGACGUAUGCUGGUUAUAGCCAUGGUGAGGACACAACGACCGCUUCGCUUAACUGCCGCCGGCUUCGCUAAUAUGGACAACAAUUGCUUUCUAGCUAUCAUGAAAGCUGCAUACUCAUAUUACGCGGUUUUAAGUCAAAAACAAGUUUGAACUUAACACCUUAAUAUAUUUAAGUACU